GCUCGCCGCGCGCCGCUUCGCUGGCCACACACGACUACUCACCAGUUGCUUGUAGCUGUACUCCUCACUCCCCAUGGACAUCGACGGCGACGGCGACUGCGAUGCUGGCGCCGAGUGGGUAUGGGUGCGCCGGCCGUCAGAGGCGGAGGUCUUUGCCGCGGCGGGCGGGUGGGUCUCGGCGGCUGAUGAGGAAGCGCGGCCGCUGAAGGUAGUGUUCGCGUCGCCGGCGAGGUACUUCACCGACGCGGCGCCGAUCGGGAACGGCCGCCUCGGCGCCAUGGUCUGGGGCGGCGUCGACUCCGAGAGGCUCCAGCUCAACCUUGACACUCUAUGGACAGGUGGACCUGGUAACUAUACAAAUCCCAAAGCACCUGCUGUUCUUUCUAAAGUAAGGAACCUUGUUGACAAUGGACAGUAUGCUAAAGCCACAGAUGUUGCCUUUGGUCUGUCAGGUGAUCAAACACAGGUCUACCAACCUCUCGGUGAUAUUGAUCUGGCCUUUGGUGAGCAUAUCAAGUACACAAAUUACAAAAGAGAGCUAGAUCUUCAUACAGCAACAGUAAAUGUCACAUACACUGUUGGGGAGGUAGUUUACUCAAGGAAACAUUUCUCCUCAAAUCCACAUCAAGUCAUUGCGACUGAAAUCUCAGCAAACAAACCAGGAAACGUCUCUUUCACAGUGUCUUUAGCUACUCCACUAGACCACCAGAUUCAUGUGACAGAUGCAAAUGAGAUAAUCAUGGAGGGUAGCUGUCCAGGAGAAAGGCCUCAUGAAGACUACAAUGCCUCUGAUCAUCCCAUUGGAAUUAAAUUUUGUGCUAUUCUUUACUUGCAGAUGAGUGGUGCCAACGCCACAGUCCAAGUAUUAAAUGAUAAGAUGCUGAAACUUCAUGGUGCCGAUUCUGCUGUUUUACUCCUUGCAGGCGCUACCUCAUUUGAAGGGCCAUUUGUCAAGCCUUCUGAAUCUAAAUUGGAUCCGAGAGCAUCUGCUUUUACAGCAUUAAAUAUGGCUAGGAGUAUAUCAUAUUCACAGCUAAAAGCGUACCACAUAGAUGAUUACCAGAGUCUUUUCCACCGUGUUUCCUUGCAACUUUCACAAGGCUCUAAUAGCUCCCAGGAUACUACUGUAUCUGAUUGUGCUGUUCAAACGGUUAACUGCUCCAGAUCAACAGACCUUAAUGAUUCUGUGAAGCCUACCGUAGACAGAAUUAUAACUUUUAAAGACAAUGAAGAUCCUUCUCUUGUAGAACUUCUGUUUCAGUUUGGUCGCUAUCUACUCAUUUCAUGCUCGAGGCCUGGAACACAGAUUUCCAAUCUGCAAGGGAUAUGGAGCAAUGACACAUCACCACCAUGGGAUGCAGCUCCCCAUCCAAAUAUAAAUCUCCAAAUGAAUUACUGGCCAGCGCUUCCUUGUAACCUUAGCGAAUGCCAAGAACCGCUGUUUGACUUUAUCGGAUCCCUCUCAGUCAAUGGGGCUAAGACAGCAAAAGUGAAUUUUGAAGCUAGCGGUUGGGUCAGUCAUCAAGUCACAGACUUGUGGGCAAAAACAUCGCCAGAUGCUGGUGAUCCUGUGUGGGCUUUAUGGCCAAUGGGUGGGCCUUGGCUGGCCACACACCUCUGGGAGCACUACAGUUUUACGAUGGACAGACAAUUUUUGGAGAAAACGGCAUAUCCACUUUUGGAAGGAUCUGCUUCCUUUUUACUGGACUGGUUGAUUGAAGGACAUGGGGCAUAUCUGGAGACCAAUCCUUCUACUUCUCCGGAACAUUAUUUCAUCGCUCCGGAUGGUAAGAAGGCUUGUGUGAGCUACUCAACAACUAUGGACAUGUCAAUUAUACGGGAAGUUUUCUCAGCUGUUCUAUUGUCUGCUGAUAUUUUAGGGAAAUCUGACACUGAUGUGGUUCAGAGAAUCAAAAAGGCACUACCGAGUCUCCCACCUAUAAAAAUUGCUAGAGAUGGUUCAAUCAUGGAGUGGGCACAAGAUUUUGAGGAUGCUGAAGUUCAUCACAGACAUGUAUCUCACUUGUUUGGUCUUUAUCCUGGACAUACUAUGUCACUUGACCAAACACCUGACCUCUGCAAAGCUGUUGCCAAUAGUCUUUAUAAAAGAGAUAUCUGCAGCUGAACAUAAGCAUUGGUGCCCAACAACACCGCAGGCAACCGACCGGGAGACGCGCGUCUAGAACGUCACAACCUCGUCUUGAUAGUCUUCAACAUCUUCACUCACAGAGCAGCAGCACACAUGUCGCAUGCUAUAGAGAAAAUAGCAAGUGUGAACACAUGAUGCGCUCAGCAAGUGUAGGAAAGAUAAUGAUAUACAGGCUUAUAUCAAAGAAUAGGCUAACAUAUGGUAUAUUUGAGUAAAUGCAAGUAAUGAAAACAUAUUUAGACUCAAAAAGCAUUAAACAAUUCUUAAGUGAAUGUAACCCAUACAAUCUAACACCCAGCAUACAAGGUUUCCCAUCUUGUAUACCAUAAUCGUCUAGUACUCUCUAUAUUAUAACCAAAAUUAUAACCAAACCUAUAACCACAACCCACUAAUCAUGUGAGGAUCCUAGUCUCAUAACCGUGAGCACGACUUAUAUAUCAGAUUUUACAUUAUACGGAGGUUGUCUAGUUUUCCCCACAAGUCGUGAUUUCUCUGUUGUCGUGUUAGCUAGACGAUAACACACGCCAGUGGUGUGUCGUCCGGAAAGUCACUUCAAAGCUGUUACAAAGUUUCAUCCAGUAUGUACAUACCCGCUAAGUUCCACCGACGCCAAAAGUGGUUUUCGCCCCACCCAGAAGCUUCCUUUUGCGCCUUGUAGUUUACAGAAAGUUUUCACCCUUUCCUUCCACUACAUAUGUCAUACCACUAACCAAACGAUUCUGGCCUUAGCCGUCCUCACACAUCCAUUCUUCCGUUUGGCAUGCACAAAAACUGGAAUUCACUAAUUAAUAGGCCAGGCAUGUCCCAUACCACGUCUCGUGAUUGGUACGAUAUUUUUGGGUUGUCGCUCCACGAACCGGUCCUUACUUAGGUUACUUAAGCAAACACUAAAUCAAUAACAUAACCAUGACAACCACCAAAACCACUUUGGUCAAGACUUAAGGUUUUAUGUUGCUAGACCAUUAACACAUUAACGAUCAUUAUUGUAUAUGUUCAUUAAUAAGGUAUAUGACACUUCUCAACAUCUCAAAAGCAUGGCUAAACAAUCUACCUACUAAAGAUACCUAACCAUAAACCAUCUAGGUUUCAAAGGAUGAUAAGUGAAAAUCUAGAAAAAAAACCUAAUAUAGGUGAGUACCCAUCGUAUUGACAGACAUUGCAUGCAAUUUUGUAAAACAUAACAGUUUAAAUCAUAGGUUUAAGAUGAUUAAGGACACUUGCCUUUUACAUAAUGCUGCUCAGUGUUGUCGAAAUCUUGGUCUUGAAGUCCCUUGAACUGCUCCGGAACUUUAUUGACUAAUCGCGAGAAUUACUGACAAACAACACAAAGGAAAACAUUAAGAAUAACAUAUCAAACAUCAUUAAAAUACUUUAAAAACACUAUGGUUGGAUAUGGAUGAUUUUAGAAACAUUUAGAUGCAAGAGAACAGCUUUCGGGAGAUGGAUUAAACUGAAAAGAAAAUGUUGAUUUACCGGAACUUUCUUUCUAUGGGAAAGGUUUUAUUGCACAAUCAUUGCGUGAGGUUUAAAAACAUCAUUGCGCAAGAUUCAAGAAAUGUAGGGCAGACCAGAUUUUGCUGAUUAGGCUAAGGAGAAUUAUGUGAUGCUAACUUGGCAUGCUAUGCAAGUACCAUCUUGGAUUAAAGAAGGGAUACGCUAGAUUAAAGAAGGGAUACGCUGAGAUCUAGUCUCGACCAUCUAUGAUGGAUCAAAAAGGCCGAAGGUUGCGCUUCUAUGUUAAGGAUAGUACUGGUGACUGUAGCGGUGGUGGUUUGGUUUCGUCGAAGACAGCGAUCGGACACAUGGCCACUGACAUCGAUGUUAGACUUCAGUGGUGUUUUAGUGAAACGAGGGAAGUAUAGCGUAGAACGCGGAAAGACUAACUCAGCAGUAUGGUUGGUUUUGGAAGGGGUCAUCCGAGGUAGCGACAAAACAGCGAUGACUGCUGCUAGGUUUGGUGGUGACUGCGAACAGAUGCAGCAACGAAGAUGCUAGCGUUCCCAGAGACUGGCUAUGAAAUUUGAGAAACCGUUUGAACAGAGGCGUUCAUAUAUCCUGAGAAAACAAUGCUAUGGCAUGGGUUUUGAUAGAUCAUCCCCUGAGAGAAAGAACGAUCAGCAGAGAUGAGACGAGUGAUGGUUGUAACAUACUGUGGUUGGCAUUUGCGUUCUGGCUGUGUCGCUGCAUAAACAUGGAUGGGCUCUUAGGGUCACGUCGAAGACUCGAUGGGACACGCCGUGACGCGGUUGAUGCAUCCAUACGGCUUUCAGAUUGACGGGGAACGCAAAUGCAAAUCCGGUGCACGCGCAAAACGCGUCCAGAAACCGGACAACAGGCAUGUCAACCUUGAUUCCAGUGGUUUAGCUGCUCUACUGACCGAUCUGGUUGGUGAGGGCGUCGGAAACAUCAUAGGACAUGCGCUGGUGAAAGGGCUUGGCAAACGGUGCACUAGUUGGCCGGGAACGUCAAUGCCAAUCAGCUACAGCGCGGCUGUCCGCGACGGCGAUGACCGUGGCGGCGUGGAUCGGGCUUUGACCAGGGCUAUGGCUUGGCUAGGGACUUAGUAUGAUGGUAAAACAGUACUAAGGGAGGAGAAGAAAGGGGGUCCUCACCUUACUUUGAUGGUUGAGGAAGGAGGAUUUGUGGAGAAGACGAUGUAGCGCAUCACGGGCGGCGACGGCUUCAGCGUUACGUUUAGGGCUUGGGGGCGUGGAAUAGGGGUAGGAGAGGGCGUGCAACUCAUUUAUAGGGCUAGGGGUGGCUGGUUGAGGUGGAGUCCAAGCCGAACAUGAAUCGGGUUCGAGUUCAAGUCGGUUAGGAUUUUCUUUUUCGUAGCUCUCUAUUUUGAGGACGAUAUCUCCAUCGUCCGGACUCCAAAUUGGACGUUUCUGGACUCUAAAUUGUACUACUCGAAAAGAUCUACAGCUUUGGUAUUCAUUGGAACUAACGCCGUCUUGAUUUUGAAAAAUGCACCACAAGAUAAACUGUUUGAAUUCAGACUUAUCUGCGCAGCACUGAUUUCAGUGGCCAUAACUCCUAGCUCCAUUAUCCAAAUGGGGACUUCUAUAGCUUCAAAUCGAAGCUCUCGAUGCGACCUACAACUUUGAUAUUAUCAAGAUUUGCAUUUGAGGCCGUUUUAAACUCCGAAACUUCAUGGGAAGAUGAGGCUAUCUAAGACUCUGUGAAAAUUUGCAGAUUUCGUGGAUCCUUUAUUGAGCUAUCUAGAAGACUUGGCUAAAUGUUUGGACUUGAGCAAGAUUGAGCCCAAGGACAUUUUAGGUAUAUCUAGGGCUUAGAAAAGAAACUUUUGCAGAGAAAUUUGAAUAGGGUUUGAAUUUGAAUUGAGCUUGGAGUGAAUUUAAGAGAAACAAAAAAUGAGAUUGAACAAGAAUAGGAGUAGAUAAAGAAUUUGAAUUUGGAUUUGGGUAGAAUUUGGGAAAGAGAAGAGAUUGGCUUUAAACAAGGAUUUGGAUAAGAUUUAAACAGAACUAAAGAAGGAUUAGGUAUGAUCAAGGAUUGAAUAGACGAUGAAUUCUAGAAUUUUUAAUUCAAACCAUCAAGAUCCUUAACUAGCUUACUGCAGGGUUUUGUAAAACUUUUUUAAAAACUUUUUCACUUAAAACAUCAAAGAGAAAGAAA